GAUUCAAGCGUUCCAUCACCUCUCCCUCUCCUCUCUCUCUCUCUCUCUCUCUCUCUCUCUCUCUCUCUCUUGAGGGGAGGACAUGAGGGCGUGGGAGUUUACAAGCCUGGAUCAGUGCGUCAGCUACUACCAGGACCAGAUGCAAGAUGGCUGGUGUAAUGCCACGUGGGACAAGAUCCUGUGUUGGCCCCCUUCCCCUCCGGACACCGUUGGACGCCUGCCCUGCCCGCCUCUCAAGGGUGUCGAUCCCUCCCAGGUGGCUCAGAGGAAGUGCACCAGCGCCGGCCACUGGGAGGGACGCACGCUGGCGGAGGGCCUGGCAGGGGGCUGGACGAACUACACGCCUUGCCUCAUCCCGGAGAUACGGAUCCUUAUGGACAAACUCUACGCCAAGAGCAAGGAGGACGCUCAGCUCAAGCUCCAAGUGGCGGAGGUGAGCCGAGUGAUCGAGACGGUGGGCCUGUCACUCUCCCUCGCCUCCAUUCUCGUAUCCCUCGCCAUCUUCUCCUACUUCAGGUCACUGAGAAACAACCGCACCAAGAUGCAUUUCAACCUGUUCGUGGCGAUGGUGAUCCAGCUGAUGGUGAGGCUGACACUAUACAUCGACCAAUACAUCACCAGGAAGACCCAGCAGCGCACCACAGGCAUCGACAACACGCCCGUGCUAUGUGAAGGCGUGUACGUGUUGAUGGAGUACGCUCGUACUGCCAUGUUCCUGUGGAUGUUCCUGGAGGGCCACUACCUCAACAGUAUGCUCACCGUGGCUGUCUUCACCGACCACCCCAACUACAUGGUAUACAAUCUCCUCGGGUGGGGGCUGCCGGUGGUCAUGACAGCGGUGUGGGCAGCGGUGACGGCGGUACAGCACACAGGCACGGAGUGCUGGUGGGGCUAUAACCUAAGUCCCUACUUCUGGAUCCUGGAGGGCCCUCGUCUCACCGUAAUAAUAACUAACUUCCUUUUCCUGUUAAACAUCCUACGAGUUCUAAUCACGAAGCUACAGGCGAGUGUGUCCUCAGAAACCCAGCAGGCGAAGAAGGCGGUGCGAGCGGCCAUCGUACUGCUGCCUCUCCUGGGCAUCACAAACAGCCUUCAGAUGGUUCACUCGCCGCUGGAAGGCAAUAUAGUGGAAUUCGCUGCGUGGUCUUUCGUUACCACUUUCCUCACCGCCUUCCAAGGGUUCUUCGUGGCCCUGCUCUACUGUUUCUUGAACCAGGAGGUAAGGAACGCCAUCGCUAAGAGCCUCGCCAACCUGUCCACACAACGCCUCCUGCCCAAGCGGUCCAAGAGGGUGCUGGUGAACGGUAACGUGGCCAGCGAGACAGUGGUGGUGCCUGAAGAGCCGCUGACAGUGAUAAGGCAGCAGGUGGUGACGGAGACCACGACGGAAGAGGGAGCGUCGGCAGGGGGGAGGGAGGCAGUGAAGGGUGAAAUGACCACUACUGUAUGACCCUGCACCCCCUUCCUUCCCCUCUCCUCUCCCUCUCACUCUCACUCUCCCUCUGUUUCAAUUCCUAUAUUCCUCACAUUCUAAGCCUUACAGUAUUUCAUUAUUUUUCUUACUUAAUUUUGACUUUUUUUUCUUAUAUUAAUCUUCCUACUCUUUUUUUCCUUGCCCUGAAAAAUUAUGCUCUUCCUCUUCCUUCUUCUCCUCCUCCUCCUCCUCCUCCUCCUCCUCCUCCUCCUCCUCCUCCUCUCUCCUCUACCACCAAUCAUCACUUCCAGACAUCAAAUAAUUUUACAUACAACUCUUAACUCUCCCUCACACACACACACACACACACACACACACACACACACACACACACACACACACACACACACACACAUAUAUACCGUAAGUGGUCAAGAGAGGUGCUUCCCGCUCCCCCCCCACCCCACACACACGCAACAAUUCUCCUCUCACCUCACCUUACCACAACGCCUCCCUCUGACCUCCUCGUCCAGUGAUUGGCUCAGGGGCUUCAGUGCUACUCGUUGAUUGGUCCGUAACCUUUGCCGUCUUGAUGUAUUCGACGAUGUGAUUGGUUAAGAUUAGGGUUCUACGUACUCACACACACACACACACACACACACACACACACACACACACACACACACACACACACUUAUACACGGGUUGGGGCGUUCCAGUUCACUAAGAAAUGAUGACAAUGAACUUAAAAUACUUAGAGUUUAGUAAGAGAAAGGGAGCAAAUCACAGGAAAAUAAAGGAGUGUAUGAAGAAGGAGCGUGAGAUAACGAAGAAAAAGAAGAGGAAGAAAAUGAUGAUGAUGAUGAUAAUGAAGAAGAAGAAGAAGAAGAAGAAG